ACAUAUAUAAAUAUAGAUUGCACACAUUUUACAUUAUGUGAAUAAAUGCAUUUAAAUCAGCUAUCGAUUUCAACACGAUAGUCGCGGCAGCUUAACCCGAUGCGAGUGUGACCAUACAUCUAGAGUCCAAUUAGAAUGUGCCGCUCUGUUCAGUGUGGAUUUGUCGGUUGAAAUUGUCGGUUGUGGUGGAGUGUAAACAACGCUGGGGGUAGCAGAGUGACGACGGCCAUCGAGUGAAUGUAAUUGACAACAAGAGGACGAAGGAGCUGUUGUUACAGCUGUUAGUGCUACAAAAAUGUUGCAACACGCCAAAGGACCAUCUUACUACUACCAGACUGCCAGCACAGGAUCUACUGCCUCCACACUACAGCUCUCCAAGUUCAAUUAAAUUAAACGAAGCGACAAACAUCCUCAACAAACUCACUUCUCACUGCCGGCUGAAGCCAAUUUCACGCAACCCUCGUGGCGCGUAAUGAGUACACCCCGUAUUGCCUUCCCUCCAACCAGUCUACAUAUUCGAGGCCAUCCUGGACUGCUGUUUUUGCUGCUCUGUUUGUACCGGUUGGCUUCUUGCCAUGCGGAGGUCUUUACUCUGGGCUAUCUGACGGGCUCGCAACGUCGGCCGGGAAAUCUGGACUAUCAGCGACCAGGCAUCACCAUUUCGGGCGCUAUCUCUCUGGCCGUGGAGCAAGUCAAUGCUGGCAAAUUGGGCGCCCUGGGCCACUCACUCGAGUUUGUUGUGGCCGAGACCUAUGGGGACGAGGUCGCCAGCAUCCGACAGACGGCAGCACUAUGGACGCAGCAGGUGGCCGCUUAUAUUGGACCGCAAGAGACUUGCGUUCACGAGGGACGCAUGGCGGCGGCCUUUAAUUUGCCUAUGAUAUCCUAUUACUGUACACAUCGAGAUCCCUCCAAUAAACUUGAUUUUCCGACGUUCGCAAGAACACGACCCCCAGACACACAGAUCUCCAAGUCGGUGGUGGCGCUACUCUUAGCCUUCAACUGGACUCAGGUGAGUUUCCUCUACCUGGACGAUGCCAGCAGUCAGUACCAGCCCGUGGCGGAGACCAUACUCAACACACUGAGUGGCGCGGGCGUCAGUGUCCGUGACAUUCGCACCUGGAACACUAUUUACCAUCAUGGAUUUAUGGCCAAUCCGUUCGACACGCUCGUGGAAGAAACCCAUGCGAAUACACGUAUUUACCUGGUUCUCGGUCACUACUACGAACACGUGGGUCUGAUGGUUAGCCUACAGCAGAAAGGACUUCUUUCCCGUGGCGAUUAUUUCGUGGUGGGCAUUGACAUUGAGCAGUAUGAGCCGGCCAAGCCAGAAAAGUAUCUCCGAGGCGUGCUGAUGGAGAAGGUGGAACCUCUGGCGGCGCAAGCGUUUCAGUCAUAUCUUGGCAUAGUACCCACUGCGCCCGUUUCCUUCGCCACAUUCGCCAAUGAGGUUAACAAAUACAUGGAACGACCGCCAUUCAAUUUUCCCAAUCCACUGGGUCUUUUCGGUGGCACGAAGCAGAUAAGCGCUGAAGCAGCCUAUCUCUAUGAUGCCGUGCAUCUCUAUGCCAAUGCCUUGUUGUCCGUCCUGAAGGCAGGAGGAAGGCCCAGGAACGGCAGCCUCAUUGUGGCGGCUAUCAAGGGCUCGCGCUAUCUGAGCGCCAUGGGUUAUCAUGUGUACAUUGACGAAAAUGGAGACGCCGCUGGCAACUAUACAGUAUUAGCGAGAGGAACGAUCCGUAACAGUCGCAACCAGACGGUUUUGGGUCUACUGCCCGCAGGCACCUUCAGCCACAAGAGCACCAACAGCAGCAGCGAGGCCUUGCCGGAUCUGAAUUUGUAUCGCAACAUCGACUGGAUAGGCGGGGCGCGUCCUGCGGCUGCUCCACGUUGCGGUUUUGGUGGCGAGAAGUGCGUCAAUUAUACUGGCGAAAUAUCUGCAGGCAUUGCUGGGGGUGCGCUCAUACUGCUAGGUGUUGUUUCGCUUGUUCUCUAUCGCAACUGGCGCUACGAACAGGAGCUGGACAGCCUCCUAUGGAAGAUUGACUUUCGCGAAGUUCAGAUCCACGACAACGAGCGGGAGCAACAGAGCCAAAAACAAACCCGACAUUUCAUAAAUCAAUUGCCGCGUCGUCUUCCUUCGCAGUCAACCCAUCCUCUAAUCCGCACCAGCCAGGUUAGUCUGAGCUCCAAUCCUGAUGCAGACUUUCGUUACACGACAAUCUUCACGCCGAUCGGACUGUAUAAGGGUCAACUCUAUUCCAUCAAGAAGGUGCGCAAGAAGAGCGUGGAUAUCACAAGGGAGAUGAAGAAGGAGCUGAAGCUGCUGAGGGACGCCCGUCACGACAACAUAUGCGCAUUUAUCGGUGCCUGCACGGAACCACCCAACAUCUGCAUCAUCAGCGAGUAUUGCACUCGCGGCAGCCUUAAGGACAUACUUGAGAAUGAGGAUGUCAAGCUGGACAACAUGUUCAUUGCCUCCAUGGUGGCGGACAUUAUACGCGGCGUCAUUUACUUACACGAGUCGCCCAUCCGAUUCCAUGGCUCGCUGUGCACAUCCAAUUGCCUGGUGGACUCGCGUUGGGUGGUUAAGUUGACGGACUUUGGCUUGUUUGCUUUCAAGCAGGGCAUCGAGGACAACUCCACGGACAUGCAGCAUAUGUCGGCCAAGUGUCUCAAGCUUCUCUACCGAGCCCCAGAGCUUUUGCGGCAGGGUCCCUCCUCGAUGGUGAUGGGCACACAGCGCGGAGAUGCCUACUCGUUUGCCAUAAUACUUUACGAAAUGCAUGUACGCCGUGGCCCCUUUGGGGAGACAGGUCUGACAUCAAUGCAGUGCCUGCAGAAGGUUAUGCAGCCACAGGAUCAAGUCCAUCCCUAUCGACCCUCGCUGCAGCCACUCGAGACCGCCUUCGAUUGCGUCAGCGAGUGUCUGCGUGAGUGCUGGGCCGAACGUCCCGAAGAUCGACCUGAGUUCAAGGCAAUACGCGCCAAGCUAAGGCCGCUGCGCAAGGGAAUGAGACCUAACAUCUUCGACAACAUGAUGGCCAUGAUGGAAAAGUAUGCCAACAACUUGGAGGCCCUCGUGGACGAUCGCACGGACCAGCUGCAGGAGGAAAAGAAGAAGACUGACGCCCUGCUGCAUGAGAUGCUGCCGCGCUGCGUUGCCGACCAGCUAAAGAAGGGCCAUAAAGUGGACCCCGAGCACUACGAACAAGUCACCAUAUAUUUCAGCGAUAUUGUCGGUUUCACGGCCAUGUCUGCGGAGAGCUCGCCCCUCCAAGUGGUGGACUUCCUUAAUGAUCUCUACACCUGUUUCGAUUCUAUCAUAGGCCAUUACGAUGUCUACAAAGUUGAGACCAUUGGCGAUGCCUACAUGGUCGUAUCUGGUCUGCCCCUGCGCAACGGAGAUCUGCACGCCGCGGAGAUUGCCACAAUGUCACUGCACCUGCUCAGCGCCGUCUCCGAGUUUAAGAUUCGCCAUCGACCCACCAAUCGGCUAUUGCUUCGCAUCGGCAUCCACUCAGGUCCCGUUUGCGCGGGCGUCGUGGGACUAAAGAUGCCGCGUUACUGUCUGUUUGGAGAUACGGUCAACACGGCGUCGCGCAUGGAGUCUAGCGGAGUGCCGCUCAAAAUUCACUGCAGCUGGCAGUGCCGGCAGCUGCUGGAACGCCUGGGUGGCUAUCAAUGCCAAGAACGAGGCAUGAUCUCGAUGAAGGGUAAGGGAGAGCAGCGCACCUACUGGCUAAUGGGCGAGGAUGAUGAGGCACGUGUGCGUCGCACCUAUGAGCGCUCCCAACGGCGCGGGUCGCGGGCCCUUAACAAGUUCAUCCAGGGCACCAUCAAGCAGGCCCAGGAGCAGGCUAACGACUGUGGAAUACGCUCCUCGCUGAAGCAAAAGAACCUGCCGCGAAACUCACUGACUCGAUCCUCCAGUCUUGAGUCGCCCAAGAAGCUGCGCUUCGCAGCUGGAAACAUGCUGGAGCACCACCGAUAUCACAGUGACGAGGCCUUGCUGGAGGUGGACUCCUACACGGGCCUACGUCGUUCCUCCGGUGGCUCGACACACUCCCGCUACGAGGAGUCAACUCUAUCCUGCCAAAGCAUCGAACAGCUCGAUCCGCAGCAGCAAAAGCGGCGGCCGUUCUCCUAUCCGACGGUCAACACACCGUUGCUGAUGAAUCACGUUGAAGUCUAAUUGCAAUCGAAGGAAUCACAUUAGUAGAAUAUGUUGUCAGUAUCUUUAGCCAAGUAUUAUUGUUGUGGUGUUCAGCUCUUGUCAGUUGCUUUAAGUGUUGUGCGUGGGUGCAUAAUACCCCCCUCUUAAUCAUAUGCGUGCAAACAAAGUUCGUCCUAGGCCUAUUUGGUGGAUCCGCAGACGGAAUUCGAGGUAUGCUUUAUAUGUGCAAUUCGUAGUAUCAGCAUAUUGUGAGAGUGAUUACAAAUCUAGUCGUUGUAUACAAAAUGAAUACGCUAGCUUAGACAUUAGCUUAAUCUUAAUUUUAAAACAAUAUAAGUAAUCAUAUGAUCAACAUGAUGUCUGUAAACCCGAACAAAAAAUUGUUGGUUGCCGCUUUUGGCUCAAACCUUGUCCCAUUAUUAUUUUAUUAACCCUGAACUCAUCUUCAAUGGUUUUGUGCAAUUGUAUGUAACAGGGAGAAGGAAGCAUCUCUGAUCCCAUUAAAUAUAUAUGUACAUUUAAAAGCCGAUUCGACCUGGCUAUGUCCGUUUGUCUGUCCGUCUGUCCGUCCGUCUGUCCGUCCGUCCGUCUGACCGUCCGUCUGUCUGUAUGAGCGCAUCGAUUCCAGAACCUAGUGCCCGUGCAGAACGGGUUUGUUGUCCGAUAAUCAAUAACUUGUCCUGUUUCCAAGCAAUCGAUAAAAAUUGAUUUCGAGAUCCUGUUGUUUGAGUAAAUUACCUAGGAUUUAAUCACCAAAUUUGUAGCUUCUAGAAUUGUAUAUACUCGUAGCUCGGGUUACAUUUGGUAGAAGAAGGUUCAGGGUAUCUCCUAGUCGGGCACUCCCGACUAGAGCACUCUUACUUGUUUUUAUUUUAAGCUGUAUAAAUUAUUAUUUGUUGAAAUAUUUAAUACUAGCGGGUUACCCCGACCUUGACCGUGGUACGUAUAAAAUAAAUAAAUAAAGAGCCAAA